AUGGCUAGACGGAGGCUAGACUGCUUACUUCUAGGCCAAGUGUUUGCUGGCCUGGUCCUGGUAUCAAUAGGACUAUCCUUCGUCCAGAGCAAUGAGUGCCCCCAGCUGUGUGUGUGCGAGAUCCGGCCCUGGUUUACUCCCCAGUCCACCUACAGAGAAGCCAUCACAGUGGACUGCAAUGAUCUUCGCUUAACACGCAUCCCAGGGAACCUCUCCAGUGACACUCAGGUUCUCCUCCUACAGAGCAACUACAUUGCCAGAACCAGUGAGGAGCUGGAGCAGCUCUUCAACCUGACUGAGCUGGACUUGUCCCAGAACAACUUUAGUAGCAUUCGAGAUGUUGGUCUUACCAAUAUGUCCCAGCUCACCACGCUUCAUCUGGAGGAGAACCAGAUCACAGAAAUGCCUGAUUACUGUCUGCAGGACCUCAGCAACCUGCAGGAGCUCUACAUCAACCACAAUCAGAUCAACACCAUCUCCGCCAAUGCCUUCUCUGGGCUCCACAACCUGCUCCGGCUUCACCUCAACUCCAACAAGCUCAAGACCAUCAACAGCCAGUGGUUUGAAUCUACACCCAAUUUAGAGAUCCUCAUGAUUGGAGAGAACCCUGUUGUUGGAAUAAUGGACUUUAAUUUCAAACCACUGGGAAACCUUAGAAGCCUGGUGUUGGCAGGGAUGGAUUUGACAGACAUCCCCGGAAAUGCCUUUGUCGGGCUUGACAAUCUUGAGAGUCUUUCUUUCUAUGACAAUAAGCUGGUCCGAGUUCCUCAGAGAGCGCUUCAGAAACUACCUAACCUCAAGUUCCUGGAUUUGAACAAAAACCCAGUGCACAAGAUUCAGGAAGGAGACUUCAAGAACAUGCUGAGACUGAAGGAGCUGGGCAUAAACAACAUGGGAGAGCUGGUUUCUAUUGACCGGUACGCUCUGGACAACCUUCCUGAACUCACGAAGCUCGAGGCUACAAACAACCCCAAAUUCUCCUACAUCAACCGUCAGGCCUUUCGUGAUGCCCCAGCCUUGGAGAGCCUAAUGCUAAACAACAACGCCCUAAAUGCCCUCUACCAGUCCACAGUGGACUCUCUCCCCAACUUACGUGAGAUCAGCAUCCACAGCAAUCCUCUGCGCUGUGACUGCGUUAUCCAGUGGAUGAGCUCCAACAAAACCACUGUCCGUUUUAUGGAACCUCUGUCCAUGUUUUGUGCCAUGCCAACAGAAGUAAGGGGUAUGCACGUGCGGGAGGUUCUGCAGAAGAACUUAGCAAACCAGUGCUUGCCCAUGAUUUCCCAUGAUACCUUCCUUAGCCACCUCAAUCUUGACAUUGGCAUGACCGUGGACUUGGACUGUAGAGCUAUGUCCCAGCCUGAGCCUGAAAUCUACUGGGUGACGCCAAUGGGGAACAAGGUGAUGAUGGACACCCUAUCUGACAAGUACAGUCUCAGCAGUGAGGGGACAUUGAGAAUUUCUCAUAUCCAAGUGGAAGACUCUGGCAGAUACACCUGUGUCGCUCAAAAUUCAGAGGGAGCUGACACCAGAGUGACAGCUAUACGGGUGAACGGCACUCUGUUAGACAGCACUCAGCUUAUGAAGAUCUACGUCAAACAAACAGAAUCUCACUCUAUCCUGGUCUCUUGGAAAAUAAACUCCAAUGUAAUGACCUCCAACCUCAAGUGGUCAUCUGCCACCAUGAAAAUAGACAACCCACAUAUCACUUACACUGCCAGGGUACCUGUGGACGUCCACGAGUACAACCUUACGCAUUUACAACCAGCAACUGAGUACGAGGUGUGCCUCACCGUCUCCAACAUCCACCAACAAACGCAGAAGUCGUGUGUGAAUGUGACAACGAAGCAAGCAGCCUUCACUGUGGAAAUAUCUGACCAAGGGACCAACACUGUUCUUGCGGUAGUCAUGGGAACAAUGUUUGCAAUCAUCAGUCUGGCCUCUCUGGGAGUGUACAUUGCCAAGAGGUGGAAGAGGAAAAACUAUCACCAUUCUCUGAAAAAGUACAUGCAGAAAACCUCGUCAAUACCGCUAAACGAGUUGUACCCUCCUCUUAUCAACUUGUGGGAGGCAGACAGUGAGAAGGAGAAAGAGGGCUCAUCCGAGACCAAACCCAGUCAGGUGGACACCACACGCAGCUAUUACAUGUGGUGA